UAAUGGACUAUACCACGUAAUGUGAGCACUCCAACAAGUUGUAGGACGAUUAUUGCAUAAAAUCUUAUUUUUUAUAAUUUGUAAAAUAUUAGUUUAUGCAAUUCUCAUAACAAGAAGUGACUAGGAGUGACAUAUUAUGUUGUUAAGUUUUGAAAAACUCAAAAUGAUACAUAAAAGCUGUGUGACAUAUCAGACAUAUGUAUUCAACCUCUUUAUUGUUUGACUGAAUACCAGCAUUUGUUAAUUACAGUGGUGUUGUUAAUCAUGAAUUAAAAGAAGCCUCUAUAUUUCUAAAUGUUUUGAAUCAUGGAAGAUAGCGGUAUUGAUAGUGAUCCCAAAGCUGUUAAUCACGUUGAAGAUGAAAGACUCUUCUUGGGUAGUGAUAGCAGUUGUAGCAGUAAUAACACACAGGUUUCUCAACGCAAUACAACGAAACAGCUGCAAAAGAAACUUGAGAUACGCAUUGAACAGGCGAAGCGAAUCCAGCGCAACUCAGAUUACAUAAAACUUCCAAAACAUGACAAUGAAAAUGCAAGCAGUUCUGCCGGAUUGAUAUCAAUACAAAGAUUGCCUAUACCACGUAAAAAUAAGGAACAUCUUCCUUUAGUUGAAUACUGGCACAGCGAAAGUGAAAGUGAGGAUGAAAUGACUCUCUUUCCGACGAAAUCGAAGGAUUCCUCAAAGCACAAACAAGAUCUCACAGACACGUUUAGCAUCGGGGAAUUAAGCGACGAAAGCGAGGACUCUUUGAACCUGGACCCAGCGCAACCACCACGCCCUUUCAUACGAACUUACGUGCCUACUGGGUGUUUUGCUUGUCAUUGCCAUAUAUUAUAAUGAUCGACCAUCCUGCGAAGAAGCAGGAUUGCGACGUUUGAAUAAAAGGAUUAAUCGAUUCAAUGAAUGCAACAAUUUGUUGGGGACAACGCUUUCUUCUUCGUGACCGAAGCAAUUAUUGUUAAGGAUAUUAUUCAAACGGUGUUUCUCAACGUUCACUAGCCAUCGGUAACGCUCACGAUAUCUAUUUUGCAUGAUAUAGCAGCAGGUAAUAUC